UUUAUAUAUGGCAUAUAUAAAAAAUAUAUAAAUCAUAAUAUUUUUUUUUUAAAAUAUAUUUAAAUGGGAAAAAUUAUUCAGAAAAUGCAAAUGUUAAUUAUUCUUCACUUGUGCUUCUUUGGAUAUUGGAGCUUAGUUACGGGUAAGAAUUUAUGCCAGUCAAAAUUCGGUCAUUCAUGCUUAGGAGGUUUUGGAAAAAGAAUCUAUGUAGAUGAAUCCUAUUUACCGGAAAGUUCCCGACAGGUUGAAGAAGAGCCAUCUUUGCAGGAUUAUUUAAAUAAUGGGGCUGAUCUAGUAUCUCCUCAUAAUCUAGAUGACAUAUCAAACAAUGAUGGAUAUAACAGGUUAUUGGUUUAUUAUCUGAAGAACAUAGACAAGCUUGAUAAGCAUAGAAGGAAUUGAUGUUUGAAAAAGACCAGAGAGGCUUCGAAUUAUUUUAUUCUUAAUUCAAAUUGUUUUUAAAUUAUGCAUAAACUUUUAAAAAUAUAUAUAUCUUAUUUCCUAUAAAAAUCUCUAUAUAAUAAUAUUUACAUUCGUUAUUUAUCUUACAACGUUAUCUACUAUAUGUUUAAUAAAUCGUGUAAAAAAAUCGU